AUGAACGAAACAUUGGCGGAAGACAGCUGCAUCACCUCCAAGGCUCUCAAGACAAUGGGAAAGAAACCGAUAUUCCUACCUGGAAAACCAGCAUCGAAUCAGUGGCGUAAAAUUCAGCCUUCAAUGAGGAGGUGCCAUAUCGGAGAUACAUGUGAGAAUUACUUUGUUAUGACAGGAAAACUUGUUCCGACAGAGAGAAAGGGAUCUGUUCAAUUACCAGGAGAGCUCGCUGCUUCAGUUUAUCAAAUGAUGCAAGAAGAUAAAUGGACAAUUUUCUGGCACCCAACGCGACUCACUGAUCUGACUACGUCCGCAAUUCAGUCUGUUAUAUGUGCAGCUCUGAAUUCACGACGUCGCCUGCUCUUUGUGAUAGGCGUGGCUAGCAAUAGUAAACUUUAUCAAUUGUCAUCUGGCCGUAUUUUCUAUGUCAAUCGUGGUUCCGUUGUACGGCACUUAUCUUUCAAUGAUGCUUAUAAUAUGUUACUUCGACGUAAAACUGAAGUUAAUAGGGUUUCCGAAAACCAACCCAACAAAAUGCGAGUCCCGGUGCCAUGUCUAAGAGGAUCCGGUACGAUCGAUUCUUCGUUACUCAAACGAGUGUUUCUGUUUGGUUUUCCUGGAUUUGUUGUUGGACUACUGGCAUACGACUACCUGCCGAAAAUGUUACGGAACUAG